AUGGCCUCAGGCAAAUCCUUCAUCAUAGCUUUUCUUCUUGCUUUGACCUUCUCAAGCAUGAGCUUGACCAUAGCAGCUCGCCAUCUUUUGCAAACAACUACACCAGCUGCACCAAGUUUGCCGGGCAUUCCCAUUUUGCCUAAACCAACAUUGCCACCUAUGCCUUCAAUUCCAACAUUGCCUCAGGCCAAUGUUCCUCCAUUUCCCACUAUCCCAUCUCUGCCACAGCCUACCCUGCCAUCUCUGCCUAAGCCCACUUUGCCUCCACUUCCUAGCAUCCCUACCAUUCCAACAGUCCCACAGGUCAACCUUCCUCCAUUAUCAGCCACUUCAUUCCCCAACAUUCCCUCAAUCCCCACUAUCCCUUCCAUGCCACCUUCAACCUCCAGCCCUUAA